CGUCACGUGACCUGUCAGUUGUGGAGACGCAGGAAAAUGGCCGCCGGGCGUGAGGCGGGCGCCGCGCUCUCUCCGCGUCCCGGCUGCUGACCCGGAGCUGCUGGGCGGCGGCGAGGCGGUACUGGGAUAAAGGUAACUGCAGCCUCCACAAACAUGUCGGUUCUGAUAUCACAGAGUGUGAUCAAUUAUGUGGAGGAGGAAAAUAUCCCGGCCCUGAAGGCGCUUCUGGAGAAAUGCAAAGACGUGGACGAGAGAAACGAGUGCGGCCAGACCCCGCUGAUGAUCGCCGCCGAGCAGGGCAGCCUGGAGAUCGUGAAGGAGCUGAUCAAAAAUGGAGCCAACUGCAACCUGGAGGACUUGGACAACUGGACAGCGCUUAUAUCGGCCUCCAAAGAAGGGCACCUGCACGUGGUGGAGGAGCUGCUGAAGUGCGGGGGCAACCUGGAGCACCGCGACAUGGGAGGAUGGACAGCUCUGAUGUGGGCCUGUUACAAAGGCCGCACUGACGUGGUCGAGUUGCUGCUCUCGCAUGGAGCCAAUCCCAACGUCACUGGUCUGCAGUACAGUGUCUACCCCAUCAUCUGGGCAGCAGGCAGAGGCCACGCAGACAUAGUACAGCUGCUGCUGCAGAAUGGCGCCAAGGUCAACUGCUCCGACAAGUACGGAACCACCCCUCUGGUGUGGGCGGCGCGAAAGGGUCACCUGGACUGUGUGAAGCACCUCCUGGCCAUGGGCGCCGACGUGGACCAAGAAGGCGCCAAUUCAAUGACUGCACUUAUCGUGGCUGUAAAAGGAGGCUACACACAGUCAGUAAAGGAAAUCUUGAAGAGGAAUCCAAAUGUGAACUUGACAGACAAGGAUGGCAACACGGCGCUGAUGAUUGCGUCCAAGGAGGGCCACACGGAGAUCGUGCAGGACCUGCUGGACGCCGGCACCUACGUGAACAUCCCCGACAGGAGUGGGGACACCGUGCUGAUCGGCGCCGUCAGAGGCGGCCACGUGGAAAUCGUCCGUGCGCUGCUCCAGAAGUACGCGGACAUCGACAUUCGAGGGCAGGACAAUAAAACUGCUCUGUACUGGGCUGUUGAGAAAGGGAACGCAACCAUGGUGAGAGACAUCUUGCAGUGCAACCCCGACACGGAAAUAUGCACAAAGGACGGCGAGACGCCGCUGAUAAAGGCGACCAAGAUGCGGAACAUCGAGGUGGUGGAGCUGCUGCUGGACAAAGGGGCGAAAGUGUCUGCCGUGGACAGGAAAGGAGACACCCCUCUGCACAUCGCCAUCCGCGGGAGGAGCCGGAAGCUGGCGGAGCUGCUCCUGAGAAACCCCAAGGACGGCCGGCUGCUGUACCGGCCCAACAAGGCGGGCGAGACGCCCUACAACAUCGACUGCAGCCACCAGAAGAGCAUCUUGACUCAGAUAUUCGGAGCCAGACACUUGUCUCCCACGGAGACGGACGGCGACAUGCUGGGCUACGACCUGUACAGCAGCGCCCUGGCGGACAUCCUCAGCGAGCCGACCAUGCAGCCGCCCAUCUGCGUGGGGCUGUACGCGCAGUGGGGCAGCGGCAAGUCCUUCCUCCUCAAGAAGCUGGAGGAUGAAAUGAAGACCUUCGCGGGGCAGCAGACCGAGCCCCUCUUCCAGUUCUCCUGGCUGGUCGUGUUCCUGACGCUGCUGCUCUGCGGGGGCCUGGGCCUGCUGGUCGCCUUCACGGUCGACCUGACCCUCGGAGUGGCCGUGUCGCUGAGCUGCCUGGCGCUCCUGUACAUAUUCUUCACCGUCAUUUACUUUGGUGGCCGGAGGGAAGGAGAGAGCUGGAACUGGGCCUGGGUGCUGAGCACCAGGCUGGCCAGGCACAUCGGGUACUUGGAGCUGCUCCUCAAGCUGAUGUUUGUGAACCCGCCCGAGCUGCCCGAGCAGACCACGAAGGCUUUGCCCGUGAGGUUCCUGUUCACGGAUUACAACCGCCUGUCCAGCGUCGGCGGGGAGACGUCCAUGGCCGAGAUGAUCGCCACCCUCUCGGACGCCUGCGAGCGCGAGUUUGGCUUCUUGGCCACCAGGCUCUUCCGAGUGUUCAAGACGGAGGACUCGCAGGGGAAGAGGAAGUGGAAGAAGACGUGCUGCCUCCCGUCCUUUGUCAUCUUCCUGUUCGUGCUGGGCUGCGUGGUUGCGGGCGUCACGCUCCUGGCCGUCUUCCGCGUGGACCCGAAGCACCUGACCGUGAACGCCGUCCUCAUCGCCAUCGCGGCGGUCGUGGGGCUGGCCGUGGUGCUCAACUGCCGCACCUGGUGGCAGGUGCUCGACUCGCUCCUCAACUCCCAGCGGAAGCGCCUGCACAGCGCGGCCUCCAGGCUGCACAAGCUGAAGAGCGAAGGCUUCAUGAAGGUUCUCAAGUGCGAGGUGGAGCUGAUGGCCAGGAUGGCCAAGACCAUCGACAGCUUCACGCAGAACCAGACACGGCUGGUGGUCAUCAUCGACGGGCUGGACGCCUGCGAGCAGGACAAAGUGCUGCAGAUGCUGGACACGGUCCGCGUGCUGUUCUCCAAAGGGCCGUUCAUCGCCAUCUUCGCGAGCGACCCGCACAUCAUCAUCAAGGCCAUCAACCAGAACCUCAACAGCGUGCUGCGCGACUCCAACAUCAACGGCCACGACUACAUGCGCAACAUCGUGCACCUGCCCGUGUUCCUCAACAGCCGCGGGCUGAGCAGCGCCAAGAAGUACCUCGUGGCCUCCACCACCAACGGGGACAUCCCCUGCCCGGACGCCGCAGGGACACAGGACGACGCCGACAGAAGAGUCUCACAGAUCAGCCUUGGAGAUAUGACAAAGUUUGGCAGCAAGACAGCCCUCAAUAGACGGGACACGUACCGCCGGCGGCAGAUGCAGCGGACCAUCACGCGGCAGAUGUCCUUCGACCUGACGAAGCUGCUGGUGACGGAGGACUGGUUCAGUGACAUCAGCCCGCAGACCAUGCGGAGGCUCCUCAAUAUUGUGUCCGUGACAGGGCGGCUGCUGAGAGCCAAUCAGAUUAGUUUUAACUGGGACCGCCUUGCCAGCUGGAUCAACCUCACAGAGCAGUGGCCGUACCGCACGUCCUGGCUCAUCCUGUACCUGGAGGAGACGGAAGGGAUUCCGGAUCAGAUGACGCUGAAAACCAUCUAUGAAAGAAUCUCAAAGAACAUUCCGACAACUAAGGACGUGGAGCCGCUGCUGGAGAUAGACGGGGACAUCAGGAACUUCGAAGUGUUCUUGGCUUCGCGGACGCCCGUGCUGGUGGCUCGAGACGUGAAGACCUUCCUGCCCUGCACCGUGAACCUGGACCCCAAGCUGCGGGAGAUCAUCGCCGAUGUCCGCGCCGCCCGAGAGCAGAUUAACAUCGGAGGCCUGGCGUACCCCCCGCUGCCCUUGCACGAAGCUGCCCCCAGGCCCGCGUCCGGCUACAGCCAGGCCCCGUCCGUCUGCUCCUCGUCCACCUCCUUCAACGGCCCCUUCGCAGGGGGGGUGGUGUCCCCACAGCCGCACAGCAGCUACUACAGCGGGAUGACGGGGCCCCAGCACCCCUUCUACAACAGGCCAUUCUUUGCCCCAUACCUUUACACGCCACGGUAUUACCCUGGCGGUUCCCAACAUCUCAUCUCACGUCCAACAGUAAAAUCGAAUUUGUCCAGAGAUCAGAGCAAUGGCCUAGAGGUUAUCAAGGAGGACGCUGCGGAGGGGCUCGCCUCGCCCACCGCCCCCCCGAGGGCGCAGCCUUGGACGGGACAGUCGCAGAUGCCGUGGCCGUGUGACUGUGGGUUUAACACGCAGAGACAGGGGCCGGGCCCCGCCCCCGGCGCAGGGUCGCUGAGCGCCAUGACCGUGGACGCCGUGUGCGAGCGGCUGAAGCAGAUCGAGGGGCUGGAGCCGAGCAUGCUGCCCCAGUACUGCGCCACCAUCCGCAAGGCCAACAUCAAUGGGCGCGUGCUGGCGCAGUGCAACAUGGACGAGCUGAAGAAGGAGAUGAACAUGAAUUUCGGAGACUGGCAUCUCUUUAGAAGCACAGUGCUGGACAUGAGGAGCGCGGAGCACCAGGGGGCCGCGGAGGACCUCCGCCUCCUCAGCGAGAGCAACAGCGGCCCCGCGCCCCAGGGGGAGGCAGCGCGGAGGCCCCCCCACGAGCUGCCGCACACCGAGCUCUCGGGCCAGGCCCCCUACACCCUCAACUUCAGCUUCGAGGAGCUGAACACGCUGGGCCUGGACGAGGGCGCCCCGCGGCCCAGCAACCUCAGCUGGCAGUCGCAGACGCGCAGAACCCCCAGUCUCUCGAGCCUCAACUCCCAGGACUCCAGCAUUGAGAUCUCCAAGCUGACGGACAAGGUGCAGGCCGAGUACCGAGACGCCUAUAGGGAGUACAUUGCGCAGAUGUCGCAGUUAGAAGGGGGGCCGGGCUCCACGGCCGUCAGUGGCAGGUCCUCCCCCCACAGCACAUGCUACCUGGGGCCCAGCUCCUCGGGGGGCUCCAUCCACUCCGCCCUGGAGCCGGAGAAGAGCAAGGACGGCGACCCGAAGCCGGAGGACGGGAGGAAGCCGUUCCUGCUGAAGAGGGCUGACGUGCUCGAUUACUCCUCGUCCGGGGUCUCCACCAACGACGCCUCCCCCCUGGACCCCAUCACCGAAGAGGACGAGAAGUCCGACCAGUCCGCCAGCAAGCUCCUCCCGGGCAGGAAGUCCUCAGAGAGGCCCAGUCUUUUCCCGACGGACCUGAAGCUCAAGGGCGGGGGCCUGCGCUACCAGAAGCUGCCCAGCGACGAGGACGAGUCUGGCCCGGAAGAGUCCGACCACACGCCCCUGCUCCGUGACGACAAGGACAGGAAGGCCGAGGCCCGGGCGGAGAGGGCGCCCCGGUCCCCGGAGCGCAGCGCCGAGCCCAUCCGCACCUUCAUCAAGGCCAAGGAGUACCUGUCGGACGCCCUGCUCGACAAGAAGGACUCGUCCGACUCGGGCGUGCGCUCCAGCGAGAGCUCCCCCAACCACUCGCUGCACAAUGAGGCGGGCGACGCCCGGCUGGAGAAGGCCAACCUCAUCGAGCUGGAGGAGGACGGCCCGGGCCGGCGGGGGCUGCCGCGCAGCCUGAGCGGCCUGCCGGACCCCGGCCUCGCCCGCAUGUCCAUCUGCUCCGAGGACAAGCAGAGCCCGUCCGAGUGCAGCCUGAUGGCCAGCAGCCCCGAGGAGGGCUGGCCCGCCGGCCCAAAGGCCUUCAACCUCAACCGCACGCCCAGCACCGUGACCCUCAACAACAACAGCGCCCCGGCCGAGAGGGAGGGGCCCCGGGACAUGGCCCCGGUCCUCCUGCGGCCCAGCCCCAGCUCCACGGCCCUGCAGAACGAAAACCUGAGGAGCCUGGCGCCCAAGCGGGGCCCGCGGGCGAGCUACGCGCGGCUCUCCAAGGAGUCCUCCGAGCUCCUGGCCGUGGCCGCCGCCGACAGCACCGGCUUCGGGGAGGAGAGGGAAAGCAUCCUUUAGGGAGCCCCGCAGGAUGGCGCCACGAGGUGCGACAGCUGACCGGGUUGUGGGGCGAGGGCACCCUCCCAUUCGCAUCCGUGACGCGGGCCGUGGGGGCAGGACACGCUCCGCACCACAGGAGGGGCCGCUGCCGGGCAGCCUGCCUCGUGGCCUUAGUAAUAGAAGCUUUCGGACUCACUGUUGUUGUAACUUCCACUGGCCCGAACCCACAAAACUGUCUGCGACGAUCUGGGUAUGAAGAUGGGCCGGAGUCUUACCUGCACGCAAAGGCUGCCACUUGCAGAGAAAACGGCCCCCUCGGCCGCCCCCGUAGAACAUCCGCUCCCAGGUGUGGGAGGGGAGCCCGCUGUCAGGUGAACCAGAGCCCAGUUUGCUUUUAGGGGGAAAGAUAAGGAUUGACGGGCACGGAGGAGCCCAGAGACUGUCGGCAGAUGGAGAGCUAGCGCAGCGACACCACCUCAGUAGUCAGGUUGCUUAUCAAAGGGUUUUAACUUUAUGUGGAAAAUACAUGAUAAAAGGGCUUCAGAACUGAUGACAAAGUGGGUCCAGAGCCCCAAAGUAGCGCCUCGGGAUCUGCGGUGUGGCCUGUAGGGCGGGCGUAACCUCCCCACAACCUGGACGCUCUUCUCUCCAGUCUCAGACCGGCUCCCAGCACGGCCACCGGCCCGGGACCCUCCAGCCUGCCCUGUAACUUCAAAUUGUGAGCCCAGUGUCCCUCUGUGCCCGGGACCCUCCAGCCUGCCCUGUAACUUCAAAUUGUGAGCCCAGUGUCCCUCUGUGCCCGGGACCCUCCUGUCUGCCCUGUAACUUCAAAUUGUGAGCCCAGUGUCCCUCUGUGCCCGGGACCCUCCUGUCUGCCCUGUAACUUCAAAUUGUGAGCCCAGUAUCCCUCUGCCCCUAGCAGUGAGGAGGAAUCUGACUUCUUCUCGGGGGAGUAGGAGCUCAGCAGUGCUCAUGGCUGAGAGCAGGAGGAAGUGGUGCGUCAGGGCAGUGACAUUUAGGCAGAACUCACCCUGGCCUCCCGUUCCAGGGCGGAGCUGAGAAACUUCAUCUUCUAAAUCCACAUGUUAAUUCUGGGGGAUCCUAAGAAGGAAGAAUGUUUUAAAAAGUUGAACAACAUACAAAGCAAGGGUGACAAGAGGACAAAGCUGUGUGGCUGUGGCCGGGCACAGCUGUGGGCAGAGAAGGAGGGCAUUGGAGGUUCCAUGGCGGGAGCCCCCCCCCCACCCCCACCCCCGCCCACGCGGGGUCUCUAACCCCCGUAGAUGAGUUCCUGCAGGUCGCUGGUUGCGAGAUGUUAGUUGUGACUGUAGGUGUGUGAGUACCUGGAUCUAGUGUCACACUGUGAUGGUCUCUCUCCACGACCUUCACUCAUGUGCCGAAUAAGUUCUUAGCUUGACAAGUCAUUGCACGACUAGUUGCUGUUUGGGGUCUCACUGCCCGAGGCUCAAGUGUCUAACUUUUUCUCACGUGUUUCUGUUGCUCGACCCCAGCAGUGUUGUAGCCAGUCGGGAGCACGAGCGCGUUAGGGUUUCUGUGUGUGUGAGCCGCAGGGCUGCGUAGUCAGUGGUUACUUCAGAGGCAAAGCUGUUCCCCUCCGACGAGCAGGCGCGCUCAGUGGCGCUGUCGGGGUGAUGCUGCUUGUGAUGCUCCCACUGUGGUAUUCGGUGCACGAGAAACUAGAAAAAUAAACAAUAUCGCAUGCUA